CAAUUUGUCGCACCUCGCGCCAUCAAAUAUUUUCUCAAUCAUGAAAUCGCACACGUGUAUACAAAGAUUCAGAAGUCAAAUAGAGAUCAAAUUUCCAAGCUUCGAGUCUAUAUCUUUAAACAACAAUUAAUAGAGCAACAGCAAGGUCGCGUACUAAAACCCGUUAGCGGUUACGAUCUCGAUAAACCGAUCGAUUAUAUAGUUACAAAAAAAUUAAUGACAAAUGUAUUCCCGCCGGUAUCCGCUCCAUUUCACUCUUUCGGAGCGUCGGGACCCACGGACUUGUCGUGUAUACACAGAAAGUUACGGCACUGAGCGUUGCUGAGCGUCAGUCGCAGUUUGACGUCUAUGCGACAUAUACUUGUUGGUGACGAUUCCGUGCAAUCCUGUGCGAUUCUGCGAAGCAACGAAGAAAGAAGGGAUGUCCUGUUGUAGUAGUAAAGAUGAGGAACAAGCUGAACCAACACGAGUACGAGGAUGCACGGACGUUUUCUGGCUUUGCCUCUUCAUCGCUUUCUGGUUUCUUAUGAUCUUGAUUGCUGCCUUUGCGAUAGUGUAUGGCAAUCCCCUACGGCUUAUAAAUGGGUACGACAGUUUUGGAAAUACAUGUGGCACCAAAAAUAAAAAGUUUGGUAGCAUGGAAUUGUCUGGACUGGAUACUACCGACAAACCAUAUUUAUUCUUCCUGGAUAUAAACAAUGUUACUCAGUCGUUAAAGAUUUGUGUGAAACAAUGUCCCGACAGAAUCAUAAAGAAUAUAGAUGAUAUCUGUAAAUUUUAUCUAGACACAGGGUCACAAUUAUGUCACGAUAGACCAGGCGGUAAUUUCAGUGCUUGUAACACCAAGAACAGCAGAUUCGGAUCUUGCCCAGAACGUGCCUAUCCUAGCAUACCUGUUUUAAAUAGAUGUAUCCCCGCAGCAGUCAAAGAAGUGGGCGAAACGGUAGUUUCAAAUUUGUACGGCUUGAUCAAUUCGUGGGAUGUUAUCGAACAAGUUUUGGGAGAUCUUUACAAAACAUGGCGAGAAAUUUUAGCAUUGUGUUUUCUUGCCGCCGUUUUAUCUUUCUUCAUGAUAGUAAUCUUUCAUAUGCUCGCAAGUAUCGUGACGUGGAUUACCAUCGGACUUGUAAGCAUCGCUUGUACGGGAGGUACAAUUCUCUUGUGGAUAACGUAUGUUGAUAUUAAAAGAACCUUGGACAAAACUGAUCCAAAUCAGCUUCUUGAAGAGGCUGUUAGAAAUGAAAGAGCGUUUCUUGCAUUUUCCAUUAUUGCUACUAUUAUUACCAUUAUUUUAUUGUUUCUUUCGUGUAUAUUACGCAAACGUAUCAAAUUUAUGGCAGACUUAUUCAGAGAGAGUGCAAAAUGUUUGCACGAAUUGCCAGGAUUAUUUCUUCAACCAGUUUUAACAUUUAUUAGCUUGGUACUGUUUUUUGCCUUUUGGGUAUUUGUAAUUCUUUGCCUUUCAACAGCAAAUUAUCCCGAGACGAAAUCAGUGCAAAUGUACAAGAACACUAUAUUUGAUCCCUUGAAUUUGAGCUCGAUCGGUGAAAAUGCUCCUUUGAUUGAGGAAAAAAAGAUCGACUUUUCUCUUGAGAAUUUUAAAACGUUUACUAUUGUGGAAUACGUCGACGCAACUUGGGUGAAGUACAUGUGGUGGGUAUAUCUCAUAGGACUGGUAUGGACGUCGGAAUUUAUCGCCGGAUGUCAAACCAUGGUAAUAUCGGGUUCCGUCGCUCACUGGUAUUUUAGAGGUAAAAAUGCCAGCUCCUAUCCGGUGUGCUCGUCCAUAGGACACUUGAUUUGUUAUCACAUGGGUAGUGUAGCGUGUGGAUCGUUUCUGAUAACUAUCUUUAAAUUACCCAGACUGAUUUUAACUUAUUUACACGCAAAAUUUGAAAAGACUAAGGAAACAUCUCCAUGCGCUCAGUGCGGUUUGAAGUGUUGCAUUUGCUGUUUUUAUUGUUUAGAAAAAUUUAUUCGAUAUAUGAAUCAUAAUGCGUAUACCGUCAUUGCUAUAGAGGGUACUCACUUUUGUAAUGCGGCCAGAAUAGCUUUCACAACACUCGUCAAUAAUGCUCUACAAAUAGCGGUGAUCAACGGAUUUGGCGAUUUUAUAUUAUUUUUGGGAAAAUGUUUCGUCACGGCUACUACAGGAAGCGUCUCGUUGCUCUUGCUGAGAAGCGAUCCGGAUCUGGAAUUCUACGCCAUUCCGGUUUUAAUUGUUUGCGUUUUCUCAUUUUUCAUAGCUCAUUGCUUAAUUUCUCUUUACGAGACCGUUAUCGACACGCUGUUCUUAUGCAUAUGCGAAGACAAAAAUCUGAACGGUGAGAAUGGAAAAUGGCGUCAGUCCUCAUUGGCAAUGAUCGGAACAUCCAACAGCAACGCAAACGGGCAACAGUCUCACGAAUUAACACCGAUGAACGAAUAAGUAUUCUUGUUAUUAUUGUUAUUAACGAUGCAUUUAUUUACCAGUAUAUACAGAACGUAGUGGUUUCCGCUCAUAAGUUGGUCGGUGUGGGUGUGGGUAGGAGAAAAUAACAGGCUUUCUUCAAAUAUUCUUUUUUCUAGCGCUGUGCGUAUGCAAAUAUAUACAUUCGUGCGUAAUGUUAGACCGCGAUGUGUGCAAUGUAACAAUUUAUUUAAACUAGCUUACAAGCGGAACCUACUAGUUUCAUCACUUUUUUACGCACGUAUUUUUUAAGCAUUUUUACGAUAAUUGCAUCUAUCAUUUUAUCACAUCUCGCAUAUACAUAUUUUUGUGACGAUUUUGUCUCUUAACUCUAGAAUAUGCAUGUAUUUCGUUUUCAAACGUUUUAAGUGAAAAAAAUUGAUUGAUUGUAGACAGUUGCUGUGCAACGACUUCAAAGUUGUUGUGGAGUUCGUCAGACUCCUCCCGCGUGUAUUCCCGGAACAAAAACAAAAGUGUGUAUUCUAGAAUUAAGACGAUGAUGGAGCGAAUAGACAAACUCCAUGUACAUACUAUUGACAGAGAAAUGAGAGUACUUAUAAUACUAAAAUAAUAAUAUAUUUUAUAUGUUUAUAUAAAAUAUAUUUUUUAAAUGUUAUACAUUUGUCCUUCUUUCAAAGUCAAUAUUUCGAAGUAAAAUCUAACCCACAUAGGGCUAAUUUAAUAUUGUUUUUUAUUGUAAUAAUAUAUUUUAAGACUUUCGCAUAUUUGAUGUGUAUUAGCGCUGUUGAGUCAUUCUAUUCUUAUCGAUCAUUUAGCUGUAAAACAAGGAUAGAAUGACGCAUUAACGCUAUCGCGCUCCCCGCGAACGCGCGAACAAAAGCCAUUGUGUAUUAAUUUACACUUUAUAACUAUUUCACAUAUACACUUAGUGUAUAGCUCUUAAUGUGGCCUUAUUAUUAAAUAU